CUCUGGUUCAUCACAAGUGAAAUGUGAAAGUGAAACUGCGAAGUACGGAGCACAUAAAUAAAAUAUUCUCUAGUUUUUCGUUUGAAUCAAAUUUACAGUUGAAAAUGCCAAAUGCCAAAAGUGGUCUCAAGAAGUAUUGUUGUUUCACACACAAAAGAUCAAGAAGGAAAACCUCUCCAAUCCUAUCACUGUUUGUUUGAUUCCCUGUUAGAUAAAUUGCCACUGAGAAAAAGGAAUGGCUCUUGUGUCAUUAUUGGUUCCAAUUUCCAAACAGGUGAACAAAACAAACUGUGGUUCUGAUGAGAUGGUUUACAUUAGAUGUGAAGAAGUCAUUGAAAACAGCAUAAAUGAUUUUGUAGCAAGUAAGUUAAUUGUUAAACUGUUAAAUCGAGUAGGGGAGACUGGAGUAAGCCGGGACGGUUUUCGUUUUCCCCCUAUAUCUCCCAAACUAAUCAUUAAAUUAAUUUAUUAUUUUGUUUUUAUGUAUUCCAUACGGUAACGAAACCCCCAUAUUUUAAGCAAUUUAUCUUCAAAUUCCAAGUCAAAGGAGCAAAAAAUGUGGUAUGAGCAGCAGGUGUUGACCUACUUCGAAUUUCCCAAAACUCUAAAGGAAAAAAAGAGAAGAAAUCCCAGAAAACAAAAAUAUACAAGGAAAAUGUUUAAAAUGUUGCAAGAAGUAUUCUGGCCGACCAUUCUCAACAAGCAACUGGCAACGGCACCUUAAAACACACCCACUUGUAUACCAGGAGUACAUUCAAAAGUUAAAAGAUGCUCAAAAAGUUAAGAACAUGGAAUUGAAUUCAAAGUCAUCGUCCAGCAAUGCAGCUCUCAGAGAAAAAAGAUCAAAACUUCACCAAGCAAAACUGAAUUAUGCCGUGGUUCAACCUAUUUCAAAAAAGGAGCAGAGUGCUGUUGAUCAGCUAAUUUUGGACUAUAUUAUCAAUGAGGCAAGGCCACUUGAAACAGUAGAAUCUCUCUCAUUUCGAGCACUGGUUAACGGCUUGAACCCCCGAGCGAAUGUCUUGUGUGUUAAAAAGCUAAGGAAACUGAUCGAAAGUGAAAGGGAGGCCAGUCAUGGAAAACUACUCCAGACUCUAGCCACAGUGAAACAUGUUUGUCUCGCAGUUGACAUGUGGAGUACUCUUAAGCGUAGCUUCAUGGGGGUUACUUGUCACUGGAUUGAAGAAGAAACCUACAAGCGGAGAUCAGCUGCUCUUGCAUGCAAGAGGUUUAAAGGGCGACAAACAUCCGAUGCAAUUGCCAAGAUGAUUCAAGAGGUGAUGAAAAACUUCAAUCUUACGGAUAAAGUAAAAUUUAUCGUGACCGACAACGGUGCGAACAUUUGCAAGGCCGUGAAAACUUUACAAGAAGAACAAAAAAAGUCAGAACAACAAAAAAGGUUGAAUGCUUCUUUAGUAAAAGAAUCAGAUGGAGAGGUUAACAUUAUUAGUGACGAAGAAUCUGACAGUGAAGAUCUUGAUUUUGUUGACAUCGAACUGGAAAUAGAAAAUAAUGGAAUCAUAUCAAUUGGUGAUAUGUUGGAUCAUCUUAUUGUUGAAUGCGUUGAUGAUGGCGGUAAUACUACCCUUUAUAACUCGGCCCAUCUCCCAGAACACAUCCGCUGCGCCUCCCAUCUUUUAAAUUUACUGGCGUCGGCCGAUUUCGAUAAGGUUUUACUUACCAAUUGUAUAUUUCAAGAGAAGUACAACCGCGCCAUUGGUAAGUUAACAAAGUUGUGGAAUAAAUACAACCGAAGUACUUUAGCAUCUGAUAAAGUUCAUUCAAUUUUCGGUUGUCAGAUAAAAACACCUUGUGAAACGAGAUGGAACUCCAAAUUUGAUGCAGUAGAGGACGUUCUAUCAAAGGAUCAAGAUGAGCUAGAUGAAGUAAUGUCAAGCCUCCAAUUAGAGAUCCUGGAUGACACAGACCGAAUUCUAUUAAAUGAAUUCCUGUUGGUCAUGAAGCCAAUUGCCGUCUACCUCGACAUUCUACAAGGAGAAAAGAAUAAUUUCCUCGGCUGCGUUCUGCCUUGUGUUUUAAAAAUCAAACAGGAAAUUCAAACUAUUACUAGCCAAAACAUGCAACCUAAUGGUUUUGGGGCUUUCAUCCGGAGAGGAAUUCUGGCUCAUAUCGAAAAUAGAUUUGGCACCUGGUUUCAAGACGAAAAGUUCAUGAUUGCCACUAGUGUCCAUCCUAAGUUCAAACUAGACUGGAUAACAGAUGAAAUAGAAAUGAGAUCUCACAGGAAGUUAGUAGCUCGUAAGAUUGCGCUUCUUCAGGAAAAGGAAAUCAGCGAUGAAAUGUCAGCAUCUAUUCGUGAUCGUGACCCUCUAGAUUUCCCUUCAAAGAAUACCGCCACCCUUGACGAACUUGAGUUGUUUUUCAUUGAUAAAGAAAAAGAUUUGGCUAUGCUUGACAAAUAUUCAAAAGUUAAACGCUUGUUCUUAGAGUAUAAUACAGCACUACCAUCAAGUGCGUCUGUCGAGAGGUUGUUCAGUGCAGGGCCACUUGUUCUCACUGCCCGACGCAACCGUCUUGCAGAUAGAAUUUUUGAGACCUUGUUGCUGCUUAAGGUUAAUUUUAAUAACGAAAACUAAACUUCCGAUUUAUUUUUCGUAAUACUGAAUAACUUAUGCCCCAGCUGUCUGUUAUAACCAAGAUUGAAUGUUGCCGCUGCUGCAACCUUACACGUUUAAAUAAACUAGACCAUUACAACUUAUUCAUUCUUUGUAUUGAGAUUUUUUUUAUUCAAAUUGUGAACAGAAUCAAAAAUUUUGAUUCUGAUUCUUGAUUUUUUUUUUAUUCUUGAUUCUGAAUCAAACAUCACUGAAUGAUUGUGAUUUUUGAUUCUUUGAUUCUUUGAUUGAUUGAUUCUAUUCAGGUUUGAUUCCGUUCACAUUUAUGAUCGAUUCGGCA